AUGGACCCUGCAUCGUUCUUCAAGAUCUUGACCAACAGCACGCUCAUGGAAUCAGAAGUGCGGUAUUCGCUGCUGGACUGGAAGCAGCGCUACUGGUUCACGGUGCAGCCGCACACCGGCGUUGUGGCGAUAGUGUCGCCUCUCGACAGAGAAACUACAGCACACCUGACGGUGCCGCUGGAGGCGCGUACGUCUCAGGGCAGCGCAGAAGCGACGUUGUACGUCACCGUCGAAGACGUCAACGAGUUUUCGCCGCGUUUUGCCAACGACGUUUAUCAGACGCAGAUUACUGAGGAAGACGACAGACACCUGCCCAAGCCGGUCAUACAGGUGCGUCCAAAAAGUCAGAAUGAAUUCAUCCUGCAGGCCUUCACAGCGCGAGCCCUCGACGGCGUCUCUGCCGUCUUCGGCUGCCGUCUUCAUUGCAAUUAG